AUGGGUGCAAUAACGCGAUUUAAAUCAAUAACCACCAAAUCUGUUACCAGUUCUACUAGAAAGACAGCUAUAGUUGACUCAAAUUUAAAGCUUUCACAAACAUCAAUAGAGAAUGCAAAAAUCAUUAAGAAACCCAAAUUAUCCAAACCAAAACCUAAAUUAACCAAAUCAUCACUGGAUCUAGAAGAUCUAUUAACUCAUAUAACUAUACCACAAGAUCUUUCACUUCCACCCAAAUACAUUCAAGAUCAUACACCAGAAUUUAUCAAGGGGAUUCAACAUAUACUUAAAAUUGAUCCAAGUUUAUAUCCAGUUAUCGUGCAUCAGAAUUUUAAAAGUUUCAGCAGUUUAAUUUACACCAAUGUAACUAUGAAUGAGAAUUACAAUAACAGCAACGACAAGGAAAAUCGAAUUCAUACUUACUGGUAUUCACUAAUUCGGUCAGUUAUUGCUCAACAAGUGAGUGGUGCAGCUGCUAAAGCUAUUCAAACAAGAUUUGAAGGAUUAUUUGAUGGAAUACCAACUCCAAAUAAAACAUUGAAAUUCACGCCCGAAGAAUUAAAGAGUGUUGGAUUAUCAAAUAUGAAAGUCAAAUAUGUUCAGAGUAUAAGUGAGGCAUUUAAUGACCCUAAUAAUCAUUUGACUAGAUUUGAAUUUUAUAAACAGUCAAAAUUAGACGACAUUUUAAUUGAAUUGUGUAAAUUAAAAGGUAUUGGUAUAUGGUCAGCAAAAAUGUUUGCCAUGUUUACAUUAGAAGAAAUGGAUGUGUUUGCUGAAGAUGAUUUGGGAAUAGCUCGAGGAAUGGCUCGUUAUUUAAAUAAACGACCUGAAUUGUUGAAACAAAUUAAACAAGAAUGUAUGAAUGAUGAAGAAAGUCAAUUAUUAUUGAAACGGAAACUGAAAUUUGCUAAUAAGACUGAUUCUAAAAGGAAUUGGACGCCUAUACAUGAUGCAUAUGUUAAAUAUGCUGCUAAGAGAUUCCUGCCUUAUCGUAGUGUAUUCAUGAUGAUUUUAUGGAGAUUAAGUUCUACAAAUAUUGAUGUAUUAGAAAAAUUAGAUGAAUAG